CUUUACCCGAACUCCGUUCUGUCAUUCAAUUCUCGUCGUUCGAAGCCAUGGAGUUUCCCGUUUCCCAGCUGCGAUGCGCGCGAGUCCCGACCAGACGAGGAGGAAUUCCUUGAAGAAGAACCUCUCUCGCCGACGUCGAAGGAAACGGAAAAAAAAAUCACGCCUUUCGUCGUCUCCUCCGACGACGAUGGAUGAUCCCUUCGAGCGGAGACUGAGGGACGAGGUUGUCUACCUCCACUCCCUGUGGCACCUGGGCCCUCCUCAUCCUCCGAACCCUCCUCUCUCCGACCACCCUCCGUCGCGGGCCAUUCCCGUUUCGAGGCCCGCGCCUUUCAAGAAACCGAACUCGGACGCCGCCCAGGAGAAGAAGAAGAAGAAGAAGAAGAAGAAGAGGCAGCGCAAGAAGCGCAAGGAUGGCGAAGAACCGAAGCAGCCGGAGAACGAAUGGCCGUGCCGGGAAGAACCCAUCCCUCAGCCCUAUCCCGCAUGGCCCGCGACGAAGCAGAAGGAGCCCGAUUCCGGCCAAACGUCCCGGCCCGCCUCCGCCGAGGAGCAAGCCGAGAUCGCCGGGCGGGUGACGCAGCAGAGGGCUCUGGAGAGAUGCCGCGGAUUGUUUGCGAGAGCCGGCGAUUCGGAUGGCGAGGAGGGGGAGGACGAUGGAGACGGAGAUGAAAUGGAGGAUGAUCGUGCGGAGGGCGAUAAUGGCGGGUUACAGGAGAGUGAGGAGUACAAGUUUCUGUUGGACGUGUUUGUGAAGGAUGAGGAGUUGAGGGAGUAUUACGAGAGGAAUCACGAGAGUGGGGACUUUUGGUGCUUUGUGUGUGGCGCGCAAGGGGGUAAGAUGAGUGGGAGGAAGUUUAAGAACUGUUGUGGGGUUUUGCAGCAUUCGAUUAAUAUAUCCAAGACGAAGAAGAGGCGGGCUCAUAGGGCUUUUGGCUUGGUCAUUUGUAGAGUCAUGGGUUGGGAUGUUGGGAGAUUGCCUCUUAUUGUAAAGAAGGGCAAGCGGCUGAGUCGAUCUUUGCCCGGUCCGAGUUUAGUGCAGACAGUUUGUGAAGAAGAUGCUGCUACAAAGUCUGUUGAAAAUUAUGACAAGGAAAUUUCAAUACCAGGGAUCAAUGGAGAAGGGAAGGUAGAUGGCCCGACUGCUGCCAAAGAAGAUGAUUCCCUGGGCAUAAAAAAUCUAAACAGGGAAAACAUAGAUGCCAGAGCUGAUGAAGAGAAAUUGCUACAGUUUUCUGAUUCUGUACCGUUGCCAACCUCCAGUGCUGAAUGGCCCUGUGGAAACCUUGUUGACAGUUCUGCCACAGCAGAAUCGGGAUGGCGUCCCUUUAAAUCUCUAUCAAGUCACUCAGUUUUGACUGAGGUGAAAGAGGAAUCCGAGACGUGGCAUCAGAAGGUUUUCCAGGCUUGUCAUGUUUUUUUCCGAUGCAGAUCUGGUUCAGAAAGUGAUGGUGAUGAGGAGGCUGAUGAUGAAGAAGAAAAUGAUGAUGAUGAAGAUGAAGAUGAUCUCUUGGAUGGAGAUGUCGAUGGGGAAUGUGAAGUCAUUAAGUUCUUUAUGAAGCUGUUUAUGGAGAAUGCUGAAUUAAAGAGAUAUUAUGAGAGUAAAUAUGGUGAUGGCGAUUUCUGUUGUUUGGUUUGCGCUGGUGUUGGAAAGAAGCCUUGGAAGAGGUUCAAGGGGUGUAAUGGGCUUCUUCAGCACUGCACUACUAUAUGGAAGAUAAAAAAGCUGGCUCACAAGGCCUAUGCUAGGGCUAUUUGCAAGGUUCUCAAUUGGGAUAUCGAUUGUUUACCCCCAAUUAAGAAUACUUCAGAAGCUCUUGGUCACUCUUUAGUUCAGUCAGGUGAUAUGCAGGGUGGCAGUACAGAUAAAUUUUUUAUGUCCAUAAAUUGUCUGGACGCCAAUGUACGAACAGAUGAUAGUACCUCCAACAAAUAUUUUGUCGAUUCUGUAUCGUCACCAGUGUCCAGCAUCAAAUGGCCCUGUGAAAGCCCUGUAGACCGUGCUGGCAUGGCAGCAUCUGAGUGGCCUCCUUUUAAGUCUCACUUGGUUUCGGCUGAGGAAAAAGCAGAACCCGAAACUUGGCAUCAAAAGGUCCUUGACGGUUGCCAAGCUUUUUUCAAUUGCAUGUCUGGUUCAGAUACUGACGGUGAUGAGGAGGCUGAUGAUGAGGAAGAAGAUGAGGGCGAUAAAAGUGAAGAUGUGUUGCAUGGGGAUGACGACGGGGAAUGUGAAAUUGUUAAGUUCUUUACUGUGCUGUUCACAGAGAAUGCUGAACUGAGGAGUUAUUACAAUGGUAAAUAUAGAGAUGGCGAUUUCGGUUGUUUGGUUUGUGCCGGUGUUGGAAAGAAGCCCUGGAAGAGGUUCAAGGGGUGCACUGGGCUACUUCAGCAUUCCACAACAAUAGUCAAGACGAAGAAGAGGGCUCACAGGGCUUAUGGAAGAGCUAUAUGCAAGCUUCUUGGUUGGGAUAUUAAUAAAUUUCCAUCCAUUGCGAAUGAUCUGGAAGCUCUUAAUCAAUCUUCAGUUCAACCAGCUGAUAUGCUGGAUAAUGGUACUGACACGCCUACAAUAGAUAAUGCUACCGCCUGUCAAGAUAUCGGUGCACAGGUGCUUUGAGAGGUUAGCAACUAUCACAACCUUGAAAGGCAAUUAGGUGUUACUGUGAAUAGUCAGUAGUGAAUGGCCUGAACAACAUAGUAUAAAUUUGCGUGUUUCUUUUUUGUUAUCUGAAGGCCUUCUGUAGUAGGAUUGGCUGAAAAAAGGAAGAGUUGCACUGGGGGAUAUAUGAUAUAUGGAUGCUUUUAGAGAAGGAUCACUGAAACGUGGAGUCCCGUAAUUUCAUUGAUCUUUGGAUAUCAA